CCUUAUACUAUGUUUAGUUGUCAAACGCCAUUUGCGUUGAGGCAAUAAUAUUGGAAUUUUUCGUUAUUUAUCGUAAAAAUAUCCCUUCCUGUGCUUAGAAAAGGAUUUAAAACUAACUAUUAACACUAUCGCGUCAGUUACAGUGAACAUUUAUGUAGUUUUAAGCCGUAAUAGUCGAUAUCCUGUGUGAUUAAUUAGUUUCGUAUUUUGUCUUAUUUUCAUUGAUUAACCAUGUCUGUGAGUGAAAAAGUAUCUUUAUCCGAUGCCUUGAGCAAUGUGGAUGUAUUAGACGAGCUCACUUUGCCAGAUGAACAGCCGUGUAUAGAAGCAGCACCAUGUUCCAUAUUAUACCAGGCUAACUUCGACACAAACUUUGAGGACCGCAAUGGAUUCGUCACCGGUAUCGCCAAGUACAUUGAGGAGGCAACUGUGCAUGCCAACCUGAACGAACUUCUAGAAGAAGGCAACGCUCACGCCGUCAUGCUGUACACGUGGCGUUGCUGCAGCCGCGCCAUCCCCCAGCCGCGGUCCAACGAGCAGCCGGACAGGGUCCACAUAUACGAGAGGACUGUACAAGUACUGGCUCCUGAAGUCGAUAAGCUGCUGCAGUUUAUGUAUUUUCAGCGUAAAGCUAUCGAACGCUUCUGCGGCGAGGUCCGUCGCCUCUGCCACGCUGAGAAGCGGCGCGACUUCGUGUCCGAGGCAUACCUGCUGACCCUCGGCAAGUUUGUCAACAUGUUCGCUGUUCUUGACGAGCUGAAGAACAUGAAGAGCUCCGUCAAGAAUGAUUAUUCGACUUAUAGACGGGCCGCGCAGUUCCUCAAGGUGAUGUCUGACAGCCAGAGCCUUCAGGAGUCGCAGAACCUGUCCAUGUUCCUCGCCACUCAGAACAAAAUAAGAGACACUGUUAAAGAUGCCCUGGAAAAGAUUAAUGGCUACGAGGAUCUGUUAGCCGACGUCGUAAACAUAUGCGUGCAUAUGUUCGAAACGAAAAUGUAUCUGACUCCGUCUGAGAAACAUAUGCUUGUCAAAGUGAUGGGAUUCGGUCUGUUUCUAAUGGAUUCCGAAGUUUGCAACAUCAAUCGUCUCGAUCAGAAGAAAAAGAUACGUUUGGAUCGCAUUGACAGGAUAUUCAAGAAUUUAGAAGUUGUGCCUCUGUUUGGUGAUAUGCAGAUAGCGCCAUUUAAUUAUAUUAAGCGAUCAAAACAUUACGAUCCUAGCAAGUGGCCUCUAUCCUCGAGCCCCACCCCGCUGUCUCCUCAGGCAGACCUGAUGGUCCACCUGCCUCAGAUCAGGGAGGAACACCAGAAUUAUAUCUCGGAACUAGCUCGGUAUAGCAAUGAGGUAACAACGACUUUCAAAGAAGCCGGUUCUGACGCCGAGAACAAAGCCGUGACUGAGCUCUGUCUCCGAGGACUCCAGCUCCUGUCGUCAUGGUGUUCAGUCCUGACGGAGUUGUGUUCCUGGAAGCUGCUGCACCCUACUGACCAUGCCAGCAACCCUCGCUGCCCACCAGACGCUGAGGAGUAUGAGAGGGCAACCCGUUACAACUACACGUCCGAAGAGAAAUUCGCCAUGAUUGAAGUCAUAGCCAUGAUCAAGGGUCUCCAGGUCCUCAUGGCUCGCAUGGAGACGGUCUUCGCCGAUGCGGCCAGGAGAGGAGUCUUCGCAGAGCUACAGGACUUCGUACAGCUCGUUCUGAGGGAACCACUGAGGAAAGCUAUUAAGAAUAAGAAGGACUUGAUUAGAAGUAUCAUAGUAUCAGUUCGCGAAACGUGCGGCGACUGGGCGCGAGGCUGCGAGCCCCAGCAGGACCCCGCGCUGCGAGGGAAGAAGGACGGAGAGGCUAGCUUCACCAUCAAAGUGCCUAGGAGGAAUGUGGGCCCAUCAUCGACCCAGCUGUACAUGGUUCGCACUCAGCUGGAAGCCCUGAUCUCGGACAAGUCUGGUGGAAGACGGACUCUCCGCAAGGACCUGGACGCGGGCACCCUCACGCAGAUAGAGAUGUUCCACAGGCAGAGCUUCUAUUGGAGCUACCUGCUCAACUUGUCCGACUCCCUGCAGAAGUGCUGCGAUCUAUCCCAGCUGUGGUACAGAGAGUUCUAUCUCGAGAUGACGAUGGGAAGGAAAGUUAAUAAAUGCAUGGUACGCCAUCAACACAACGAGGAGUGCAACGACCUGGUGACCAUGGAGAAGAGGAUCCAGUUCCCCAUCGAGAUGUCCAUGCCCUGGAUCCUGACUGAUCACAUCCUGAGGACCAAGGAGCCGGCUAUGAUGGAAUACGUCCUCUACCCCCUAGAUCUAUACAACGACUCCGCCCAAUACGCGCUCACGGUCUUCCGGAAACAGUUCCUCUAUGAUGAGGUGGAAGCGGAAGUCAAUCUAUGCUUCGAUCAGUUCGUCUAUAAGCUGUCUGAACAAGUCUAUGCGCAUUAUAAGCAGUUGGCUGCCAGCAUGUUACUAGACAAGCGUUAUCGAGCCGAAUGCGCGGCCAGAGGCGCGAGUACCGGCGCAGGCGCGGGGCGCUACGCGUCCCUGCUGAGGCAGAGGCACGUCGCGCUGCUGGGCAGGCAUGUGGACCUGUGCGCGCUGGUGGCACAGCGUAUUAAUUCGGACAUGCAUCGCGCUCUCGACGCGGCGGUCGCUAAGUUCGAAGCCGGCGAUAUAACUGGUGUUGUUGAACUUGAAGGUCUGAUCUCGGUCAACCGCCUCUGUCACAAGCUCCUGAGUCGUUACCUGACUCUUGACGAUUUCGAUGCUAUACUCCGAGAGAGCGACCACGGUGUCCUCGCUCCGUACGGAAGGAUCACUCUGCACGUUUUCUGGGAGUUAAAUUUUGAUUUUUUGCCGAAUUAUUGCUAUAACGCUGCUACGGAUCGGUUCGUCAAAUGCCGCGGCAUCCAGUUCGGUGUGGGCGUGUCCCGGGAGAAGCCGCAGCAGUACGGCCACGCGCUCCUGUGGGGGUCCAAACAGCUCAGCCUGGCUUACUCCGCGCAAUACGCACAGUAUAGUGGUUUCGUAGGCGCCCAGCACCUACACGCCCUGGUCCGCCUGCUGGGCUACCAGGGCGUAGCCGUCGUAGUCUCGGAGCUACUCGACGUAGCGCGCGGACUGCUACACGGUACCAUAGCUCAGUUCACGCGCGCGCUCGCUGCCGCCAUGCCCAGGCAUUGUAAACUGCCGAGAUACGAUUAUGGGUCUAAUGGUGUCCUAGGCUAUUACCACGCUCAGCUGACAGACAUAGUACAGUACCCGGACGCCAGGACAGAACUCUUCCAUGCUUUCCGGGAACUUGGAAACAUCAUACUCUUCUGCAUGCUGAUCGAGCAGGCGCUCAGUCAAGAAGAAGUCACUGAUCUUCUUCACGCGGCUCCCUUCCAGAACAUUCUGCCGCGACCCUUCGCCGCAGAAGGUGAAAAACCGGAAUCGAAGCAGAAAAGACUGGAAGCGAAGUACGCGGCGCUACAGAUUGUGCAAAAUGUUGAUAAAUAUGGGACAGCUAAGCAAGGCCAGUUAUCUCGUGAGGGUGACCUGUUGACCCGCGAGCGCCUCUGUUGUGGCCUCUCCUUGUUCUCUGUGGUACUCCGCCGUCUGAGAGGCUGCCUCUCCGCGCCGCAGUGGCCCGCCCCCCCGACCCACACUGAUGAUACCAACGAGUUCCACAGACUGUGGUCGGCGUUACAGUUCCUAUACUGUAUACCGGUUGGGGAAACGCAGUUUACUGUCGAGGAGUUGUUCGGUGAAGGCCUCCAUUGGGCCGGCUGUACCAUCAUAGCCCUGUUAGGCCAACAGAGGCGUUUUGAGGCCUUGGACUUCUGCUACCACAUCCUCAGGGUCCAGCGAGUCGACGGCAAGGACGAAAUGGUCAAGGACAUUCCUCUCAAACGCAUGGUCGAUAGGAUUCGUCGUUUCCAAGUAUUGAACUCUCAGAUCUUCGGAGUGCUGGCCCGUCACCUAGCCGCGGACGAGGAGAGGGCGGGAGUCGAACAUGUGAGGUGUUUCCCGCCGCCUUCAGCCCCGCAACACGCUAUGAAUUAGAUGGCGAUGGAUAGUUGCGGAUUUAUGUAAAGUUUUGGUGAGUAGUUGCGGAAUAUUGUCGAGUUUGGGGGUGUAGUUGCGGAAUAUUGUGUAAUUGGAGUGACUAGUUGCGGAAUAUUGUCGAGUUUGCGGGGCUAGUUGCGAAAUAUUGUACAGUUUGGAGGAGUAGUUGCGGUAUAAUGCUGCGGAGUUGAUAUUGUAUGGCUUAAUCAGCGUAUUUACAUUUAUAGGAUUUAUUUUAUAUUGAUCCGUUGCAAUAUAAAGCCCGAUUAUAGAGGCUAGUUGCAGAAUACUACGGAAUUAAGAUUUAAAAUGUCAUCUGAAUCGAAUGAAUAGUUGCAAAUUGCAAAAUAACUAAGCGACUAGUUUAAAAAUUUACAGAACGAAUGCGAAUAGUAACAGUUUUCUAAAUAAUACAGUAUUCCCCAGCUAAAGUCUUAUGUAUAUGCAACAUUAUGUUAAAAACAUAACUAGUUUUAUUAUAUCUGAUCAAUUAUAUAACUAGAUUAAUUAUAGUUUAAGUUAAAAAUGUCUAAUGCAUUUACCAUCUCCAUAUUGUCUAUCGUCGCCUAAAAAAUUACCCUUUAUAUCUUUAAAAUUCCUUAGAAAUUAGUCCAGACAUUUAAGAGAUUAUCGGAAACAGACAUGACUUUUGUAUGACUAGAAAUAGACGCUUUAGAUAAUAGAUCUAAUUAUUUUAAGUAUUUUUUAAAGAUGUAAUUCCAAUUUCCAUUAAAACAUUGGUUUCUUAAAGCCUGAUUUCCAUAUAUUUACAAAUAAUACUAUGAAAUAAUUAUUACCACUGACAGGAUUCGAACUCGCGACUUCUUGGUAUAUACGCCAGUAACUUUCGAGAACUUAUUUAAACGUUCGAGGCAACCUAUUUGGAAGUUAGAUUACAAGAAAAGUACCAAAUAGUGCCACUGUAUAACACUAGUGUCAAAAUAUAUAACGGGUGUCAGCUUACUAAUCGCGGUUUUAAUUGUUUUAGCCAAAGAUUUAAUAUAAAGGACUGGAUUUUUUUAUUUAAUUAAAAAACGACUCCCUCAGU